AUGAAGACCUCUGUCGUUCUUGCCGCUGUUGCGGCUGUCGUCAGCGCUCAGCAAACAACCACCACCGACGUUGCCGACGUCGUCCACACCACACCUACAAUGACCGGCUCUCCCUCCCGCGUCCCCUCCACCUUUCUCAUAUUGACUCGCCGGCAACUCAGCACCUCUGGCGGAAACGGCAGCGUCACCGUCGACUUGCCCUCCACCUUUGAGCAGUCUGAGCUCAACACCCCUCGCCCACGCUCGGAGCCCACCGUUGACGAGAGCGUCCCGUUCCCCUCGACAUUUCAGCAGUUUGAGCCCAAGGGCCACCGUCGCCCUAAGCCAACAUCCACGAGCUCCUGGAGCUCGCGCUGCACAUUCCGUCCCGAGGAUGUGCCCACCGAAUUCGAGCAGUUCCCCGGCACGCACCGCGGGCCGAAGCUGCCCCCCCAGGUGCCGGAUCCCAACUGCGCGCACCCGCCGCACAUGGUAAAUCCGCCGCCAUCGAUUCCGGAUCCUGAGCGUGCGCAUCCACCUCAUAUCACCAUCACGCCUACUGCCGUCGCGGAGGCUCCCGAGCAGUCGAGAGGUGCGUCAACGCAGACGGCAUCGGGUGGAGACAUGUCCAUGGUAGCAGAAUCGGAGAGUUAA